AUGGAGGCCUACGUUACGGUGCCCCAUCGGGUGGUGCAGGUCGUGGAGGACAUCACCCCGACGCUGGCCCUGCAGACGUUCAUUGCGGUGCUGUUCUUCUCAUGUCUCGCCACGCGAAUCAUCAGCGGUCUGCAAAGCCGGCCGAAGAAGGUCAUCGAGGGCGAACCGCAUCCGGUCAGGAAGCUUCCUUACUGGAUUCCUGGGCUGGGACACUUGGUGUCUGUGGCCAGGGGCCACCGAGACUUCAUUCUCAAGGCAGGACAAACCAUCAACGAGCCGAUCGUGGCGCUUCAGAUGGGGCGCCAGACUCAUAACAUGAUCUUCUCGCCGUCCAUGACCAAGGCGCUAUUUGCCCACCGAGGCGCAUCGACGGAUUUCUUCGUGUUUCGCAUCAUGGAAAACGUGUUUGGUGAUGGAGGUGCAACUCGGCGCAUGGACAAGAGCCAUAUAAAGUCUCUUAACCAUGCUCUGGGCCUGAUCUUGCGGGAGCCUUAUGUGACGGAUACCUCGUCGGCUGCAGUCAAACUCAUCCAACAGGAGAUCGCCAACUUGGUUUCCUUCGCCCACAGCGUUGUCGAUCAAAAUGUCUGGGAACGCGGCAGCGACGUCUCCGUGGUCGACGGUAGCGAUCCUCCUGUCGCCGAGGCGAAUCUAUUCGCGCUGACAAGGAGCUUUAUCGCAUACAUCACGACGACCGCCUUCAUGGGGACAUCAUUCGUCGAGUUCUACCCCGGUCUUCUGCAAGACAUGUGGACCUUUGAUAAGGCAUUCUCUCUGCUUAUUGCAGGAGCCCCCAAAUGGCUUCCUAUGCCGAGUGUGUCGGCCGCGUAUGGUGCUCGUGAUCGUCUUCACAAGCUCGUUACCGCGCUGCAUAUGGCGUUUGCGGCUGUCGAGGAUGGCCGCGAUCCAGGGGUCAUGCUCCGUGAUCUUGACGACCUUUCCGAGAUGAUCAAGCAGCGUAUGCGGACCUGGAGGAAGGCUGGGUAUUCCCCAAGCGUUGCUGCCAAAGGAGACCUGGCCGUGCUCUGGGCUAUGAAUGUGAACAGUUCGAGCAUUGUUUUCUGGAUCCUGCUCCACAUUUAUUCAGACCCUAGUCUGCAUGCUGCACUGGAAGAGGAAAUGGCACCCUUUGUCAAAGCUUCUCGUCUUACUCCCAAAGAGACUGGCCUUCCGUUCGCCGAGCCGCCGCGUCUCUCUCUUAACCUGGAGGGGUUGCUCACCUCGUGCCCGCUGCUCCGAGCGACGUUCUAUGAGGCCAUCCGGAUGUACACUAACUCCGCGUCCUACCGAGAGCUGUCCAGCGACCUCACCCUGACCGAAUCGGCCGAAGACGCGGCCAUCUUUGGAGCCGCGCAGCCACGGUCGUACCACUUCCGCAAGGGCGAUAUCCUUGUCGUGCCCAAUGGCGCACAUCAAAUGGAUCCUCGGUACCAUAAGAAUCCCGAUAAAUUCGACCCCCAUCGAUUCAUCGUGAAGGAUCCGGAAACGGGCAAGGUGUCGACAGAGAUGGGCACGAUUCGGCCUUUCGGCGGUGGUGCAUCGAUGUGCAAGGGACGUGUCUUUGCGGAACGCGAAAUAUUGGCCUUCACCGCUGCCAUUCUCGCGCUGUGGGACGUCAAACCCGUGAGCCCGAAGGGCUGGAAGCGUCCGGGUUUAAAGCCCGGGAGCGCUACCUAUAUCCCGGUUGGCGAUGUGAGAGUCCGGAUGAAGCAUCGUGUCUAG